UUUUACACAUGUAGCUGAAUGCAAAGAUAAUAUUAUAACAACUUAAGGUCAGUGUGUUAUUACUAUCCCGGGAAGUAAAGCUUCCUGCAUCCUUGGAUCCUCAGCUAAGAUGAGGAAAUACUCCACAAGAACAAGCAAACACAGGUGGGGGAAAAAAAAAAAGGAAAUUAGCCCAUUAAAAACACAGUCUGUGUAACAAUGAACAGGAGCAAUAAAAUAAAAAGAAUACCAGUUUACAAACACACGUUAGAAAACGUGUGCAGCCUAACUGUAAAUGCAUUUACAGUGUAGAAGUAACAGAAUACGAGGGGUCCUUGAAGGCAGCACUUGACUGACAGUCCCGCAGUCUAAUCCAGGGAGUGAGGACUCAGCAGCUCCGUUAUGUGUCGAAUCAACGUCGGCUCGGCGCUUACAGGCUGUGACUGAGAAAAACCCUGCCGUACUUCGCUCAUUCAGCUCUCAAAGCAUACUUUUUCAGCUCAAGCCGUCGGGCUCCUCGCUACAGAUUUGCUUCAGAGCCGGGACUCCGUAGACGUUACGUCGGGACAAUGGAAUCCAACGUUAUCCCGGACAGUGUCCGCCAUCAGCGGCUACAGCCGGGCAUCGGAUUCAGUUCGGGAGCGACCGGGACCCUCCGCUCCUCUCUCCGGCCCGGGGUUACGGUCCCCAUCGCGCCGUUGCUGUCCUCUCCGGCCUCUCUGGCGGCGUCCUCCGGGCCUCCUCCCCCGCCGCCUCCGCUGCAGCUCCACAGCCUGUACGGCGGAAUGGGAGCGGGGCUGGGGCCGGGGGCUAGCGGUCACUGUAACCCGGGGAACCCGGCCGUGCUGAAGGAGGCGGUGGAGGCUGUGGUUCGCAGCUUCGCCAAACACACGCAGGGUUACGGCAGAGUGAACGUGGUGGAGGCUUUGCAGGAAUUUUGGCAGAUGAAGCUGACCAGAGGAGCCGACCUGAGGAACGGAGCCCUCGUUGUUUAUGAAAUGGUCCCAUCCAACAGCCCUCCUUAUGUUUGCUAUGUUAGCCUUCCAGGCGGCAGCUGCUUUGGAAGUUUCCAGUUCUGUCCCACAAAGGCAGAGGCGAGACGCAGCGCCGCCAAAAUCGCCCUGAUGAACUCCGUUUUUAACGAACAUCCCUCGCGUCGGAUUACAGACGACUUCAUUGAGAAGAGCGUGAACGAGGCGUUGGCCUCCUUUAAUGGAAACAGAGAAGAGGCCGACAACCCCAACACAGGGAUCGGGGCGUUUCGCUUCAUGCUCGAGUCCAAUAAAGGAAAGUCCAUGCUGGAGUUUCAGGAGCUGAUGACUGUGUUCCAGCUGCUGCACUGGAACGGAAGCCUCAAAGCCAUGAGAGAACGACAAUGUUCCCGACAGGAGGUGCUGGCUCACUACUCCCAUCGGGCUCUGGAUGAUGACAUGCGCACUCAGAUGGCCGCCGACUGGGUGAACCGAGAACAGAGCGUAGCGGGCACCAUUGCGCAGGAGCUGGCCACGACAGAGCGGGAACUAGAGGACGCCAGGCUGGCGGGCAGAGAACUGCGUUUUUACAAAGAGAAGAAGGACAUCCUCAUGUUAGCUGUGGGUCAGCUCAGUGCAGCCAACACCGCCACUCUGCCAUCACACUAAACCAACCGUCCGAUAUGGAAACAUGCCUUCGCACUCCGUAGGAUUCCUGGUAACAGUAUUGAUCACUUCAUAGGUGACUUCUCAGAACGUUUUAGGUUUUGUUUCGUUUCGCGUACCAGGUAAUCAAGCCUUGACUUACAGUAUGCACAUCUUGUCCAUAAAACAAAUACUAGCCGCUAUAGCCCGUUACCUCUUUGUGCCUAGUAAUUACAGGAUAACAGUGCUUUUUUUUUUUCUAGAUGCCUGUAAAAGUGCUCGGCAUUCAAUGUGACUGGGAUUUACAUGUUUUGUUUUCAUUAUUUCAUACUGUACUUACUCAAAGUAGACCUAUGGAGACAAAGCCUUUAUGGAUCAGUGAAUGUACGGGGCAUAAAAUGACCCAUCAGACCAAACGCUAAUGAGGUGUAGCUCGUGUGUUUCUUCUCGGCUUCGGUUUGUUUUGGUUGGUUGUAGUAUUCGGAAUGGGAAGAUGCCAAAAUUGAUGACGCAAGAAGCCUGUGUUUGUUCAUGAAUAAAGCACAGGAACAGAGGUCACCCACUCAGCAAGAUAUGAAUGAAGGGGAUAAAAGAUCCCAGCUAAUAUCACCGGUUUUCUGUAAUGGAUGUGCAACCUGCUCCUACAGGUUUUUUAUGGGAAGCAGCCUCAAAUAAUACUAGACUUCCAGUAAGCACAGAAAUACACUUAUUGACUCAUGUAAUAAUAAUUUGUGGGUAAUUUGCAAAAGAAGAAACAUGUCAGCAGGUAAUUGAUGCUCUGACAGCAGCUCAGGUUUAAAAAAAAGAUCAAAUAUUAAACCACCACUAUGCCGUUUUACUUCAGCUUUUGUUGCAAAGGCGUUUUUUUAAAGCUUCGUCGCUUGCUUGGCAACGAUGACAGUAGCCGAAUGUAUCAUUUUAAUGCGCUAUCGGCAAAAAGGACCUGCAAAGCAACAUGACUUAAAAAAAUUACAAAUCUGCUCUUGUGAUGCAGAUUGUGUUGGUCAGAUAGUAGAGUUCAAACAAAGUGAGUGUUUGUUAUGACUUAAAUGUAGGUCAGGGUCUCAGCAGUUAAAAAAUGGAGGCCAGAGAAUGAGUUGGGCUUUUUUUUUUCUUUUUUUUUGAAAGCUGAACCAUCAGUUUUGAGUCAUUGUAGUCAGAACAGUGCCAGCUUCUGUGGUCUAAGUUUUUUUUUGAGAUACUGGAAGGAGAAAUUGGGUUUUGGCAGCGUUGUAAUGUCUGCAUGCCAAAAAAAUGUAAUAUAACAGGCAUUUAUUACCCUUUUUUACCGUAAAUGUCAUAACUUUAUAUUUGUUCGUCUUUAUAAAAUGCAUUUUUAUACGUUGUAGGGAUAAAGGCGUUUUAACAAGCAGCAUUAAAAUGACCCCACGCAAGUUUUAAUUGAUGUGAUACGGCUCUUUUGGAUGUAAUGAAAGUCAGACAGCAGGAGGACUCGUUCUUGCUGCUGAAUGCUGGAUUGUGAGCAGCAGAACCCGAUUACACGAAAUACAAAGAAAGAACAAAUAAAGAAAAAGUGCAGGAAGUUUCUAUAACUCAUCUCUGGAGUCUUUGUGCCUUUAUGAAAAUGGUAGCUAGCAAUGUUUGAACAGUCAUCUUUACACAUGUAGUUAAUUUCUUACUGUUACAAAGAAUAGUUGAGGGAAAUUUACUGUGAGAAUUUGAUUGACGUUACACGCAGGGCGGUCUGGUUAAUAUGAAGCUUAAUAAAGCCGCCUCACCAUAGAUUAGCAUAAAGACUGAAAAGGGAUGUAAACAAGUUCCCACACUCAGCCCCAAAGGUAACAAAAUCUGACCAAUGUUACGUCAUUGGUCUGAAUCACAGACUGUAUAUAAAAGAUGGACAUAGCUUCUCUGUCUAAUACAGAAGCUUGUGAGCUACCAAGGUAUAGCAAACGUUGAAUGCCUCUUUGCAGAAAUGGAUAAAAGGUGUGGAAUCAACGUGUUCAUGUCGAAAUGUUAGACAGCUCAUGACAAGGAACUGAUCUACCUUCACAGAGCUUUCUGAUAGGUUGAAAUUUAGCUAGCUCUGCCAAACUUGAAAUUUCAAGUUACGGAUGGCGAUUUUUAAAAUUGUUUUUCCAGCAAACAAGCUUCCGUAGUCUGAAAAGUGAAGCCAGUGCAAAAGUGCCUUCAACCUGCAUUCUUUAUAAUUGUCAACUUCUCUGGAAGGACUGACCUCAGUCAAUACUUUCCUUAUGUCAUUGUGGUCCCUUUUAAAAGUCCCUUUUAACACACAGCAUGAUGUCUGUUGGUAUAUUAUGAGCUGGUGUUGACUAUGAUAAAAUACGGUGUGUGCUAGACUGGGACUGUUGUGGAGGGCCGGAUCAAUAAGCUGAACUACUUUCUGCUCAGUAUUCAUUUUUCACUCUUCAUAAGCUUAUUGAUCCGGCCCUCCACAACAGUCCCAGUUUCUCACCACUUGUUUGUUAUGUCUGGUAUCAAAAAAGUCCAGAAUGCCAAAUGCAAGGCUUCCAAACCAGUGGGCGAUGACAUGGUGGCUACGUCCAUCUUUUAAUUACAGUCUGAAGUGGCGUCUGUGCUGGGUAAUACUUCCAGUACCUGCAGAGUGUUUUUAUCAAAUCAUUUCCUCAAUAUGUUACAUGCCGUUAGAUUGUGAAGGAUGUAUUUAAUGUUAUUACCUUUGGUAUAAAUUUAUAAACAUUAUAUACUGGUUUUGUUUUUGUUUUCUUUUUUUGUGCCCACUUUGCAGCAUAUGUGUGUGGCGCAAAUAUAAAAAUGCUGACUUUGCAGUUCUCUUUAAUGAAUAAUGCAAAUUUAAAAUUGACUGAAAAAGUCAACUUUAUAUGUCCUGGUUAAUAUUUUCUCUUUUUCAAAUGUGUAAAUUUCAAAUCAGUAAAUUUUAAACUUGGUACUAAACAGAUUCCCAGGAUUUCAUAUGCAGAAACACUUUCAGUGAUUUUAUCCUUCUUUGACUCAAUUAAGAUUAAUGAGGAAAUGUGAUUAAUGAGGAAAUCUCAAGCAGUGUUUUAAUGAACAGCUUAACAGGAAGGAGGCUGAGGCAGUUUGUUUCAAUUUAGAUGCUCAACAUCUGGGUUGGUUUUUUGGUUUGUUUGUUUUUAUAGCCACAAGCCAUUAAUCUCAAGGCUCCUUCUGUAAAAAAUGCCUUUGAUCUUUCUUUGUUAUCAAUAUUAUUGAAGGUUUUUUGAACCGUAUGUUUGUUUUUUGCUAUUUGUUUCCUAAAAAACAGUUUUGGCUCUGCAUGUUUUUGUUUUGUUUUGUUUUGUUUUUUCAUUUUUUUUUGCUUUGAUGCAUGAUGUGUUGAUUAAGUUCUGGUUUUAUAUGUUUCAUAUUCUAUACAGUAUUGUUUUAUAAGAGUGUUUCUCGAGGUCCUUACUGUUUGUAUUUUCUAUGAACAUUUUGUAUUCCAUGUUUAUACUUUUAGUAGAUUUAUAUGUAUAUGUAAUAAAUUUGCUGUUA